UCCGCUCUUUAGAUCUCCCAGCGAUCUCCUGACCGUACCAUCUCCGGCAUAUUACUGGUGAGUCGGCGCCCGAUAUUCUCUGUCUUGGAUCGUGUGGUCUUUAUAUAUCUAAUCUAUUCGGUUUACACGGUGGUCUCCGGAUCAAAAGAUUGAUGUUGUACAUUAAGUGGCGAGCUUAACAUCUGUAGGGGCUUGUGGGUUUUACUUGUGGUCAUCGUCAGUAACAGUUUCCUUGGACUGAAUUUUGAAGAGGGCAUAUCUUAACAGUCCUAUUGGUCAAUGUAACAACGUGCAAUUACUGAAUCAGAGAAGGAUCACUGCCAAAACAAGGAUAAAAAUGUCUUUCCAGAAUCAAAGUUUUUUGAUGGCGAAGGGUACCGAGUGUCCAAAUGAUGGUGAGAUGAACUAUGAUAAUUCUUCUAGAAUCGACCCAAAGCAUUCUCAUCUAUGGUCCAUGGAUGGUCCUGAGGCAGAGUUUUUCCCCAAUAAGAAACAGGCGGUCGAAGUUCCAAACAACAAUUUUUUCACGGGGUUGUUAAAUUCUGACGCUUCUCCAUGGGGCCAUGUUCCCGGUUUUCACACAUUCUCUGGGCAAUUGACUGAGAGGUUUUUUGAUUCAGAGACACCUAGUACUGACAAUUUUGAGGAUAGAAACAUUCCACCUGUUAGCACAGGAAAAAUCAGCAUGGAGGGAAAGACAAUCAAUGAUCUAUUUGUUGGUGAUUCUUCAUUUGGUUUAUCUAUUUCACAAAAGGUGGAUGAUCCUAGAUCUGGUUUUAAUCAUGGUGGGAUUAGAAAAGUGAAAGUCAGUCAGGUUAAGGACUCUGAGAAUGUAAUGCCUGUGGCAAUGGGACAUGCCUAUUGUCGGUUAGAUAGUGACACAAUAUCGGGCACUGAUGCUUAUGACAAGGGAGAUGAAAGCUCUAUAUCAAUGGGUCUUGCUUAUGACAAAGGGAAUGACAAUAUGAUGCCUACAGGUGACUCCUGUGAUAGGGGAAAUAACUUUUUCGUAAAGCUCUUUAACAAGGGGAAUGAAAACAUAUCGAUAGGGCCCAUGUACAAAGAAAAUGACAGUAACAUUGGUAAGAUAGCCAUUGGUCAAGCAUUCAGCAGGGACGACAGCAAUAUCAUGUCAAUAAGACAAACCUAUUGCCAGGCAGAUGAUGACAGUAUAUCAACGAGGCACAUCCACAAUAAGGUUGAUACGGGUUCCUUAUCAAUGGACCACACAUAUAACAAAGGUGAUAGCAAUAAUUUAGUUAUCGGUCACACUUAUAGUGAGGGAGAGGGCACGAUAAUAUCCUUUGGUGGCUACGAUGAUAAUACAGAUAACACUUAUGAACUGUUGGUGGGUCAGCCUUCCAUUCAGAGAUCAGAAACGGUGAAUGAGAACGAAUCAACUAAAUCAAAUGCAGAAGCAAUGGCAUCCGCUGCCCAUGUAACUGCUUCUGGGGCGGAAACUUUUUCCAAGAAGAAAGAGGACCUUAAAGCAUCUAAGAAGGUACCACCAAACAAUUUCCCUUCAAAUGUCAGAAGUUUGCUAUCCACUGGUAUGCUAGACGGGGUUCCUGUAAAGUAUAUUGUAUGGUCACGAGAGAAGGAGCUCCGUGGUGUUAUAAAAGGUUCCGGUUAUUUAUGCGGAUGUCAGUCUUGUAAUUUCUCAAAGGUUAUCAACGCUUAUGAGUUUGAGCGGCAUGCUGGUUGCAAAACAAAACACCCAAAUAAUCACAUAUACUUCGAAAAUGGGAAGACUGUUUAUGGGGUUGUACAAGAACUUAGGAGUACACCUCAGGAUAUGUUGUUUGAAGUUAUUCAAACAAUAACUGGUUCACCUAUCAAUCAGAAGUCUUUCCGCCUUUGGAAAGAGUCCUUUUUAGCUGCUACUCGUGAACUUCAGCGCAUAUAUGGAAAGGAUGAAGGGAAGCAAUUUUCAUAAAAGCAUCCCUGUUAAAGUAUGGUAGCAUAGCAUAAUCUAUAUUUUGUGUACAGAAGUUAUCUUUUUUGCGAAAUCUUUUUUGUACUCAUUAAUGGUGAUGUUAAAUGUUUUUCGAAACUGAAGAAAAUUGCUUCUUACAACACGUUUUUUUGUAUUUUUGCUUUGCCCCUACCAUCAUCACAUGUUCGUCUUAGCUAAUCAAUGUCUCUGAUUUAAACUUCAAGGUUAGUUUUAUUCUCAAUAUUAUCUGACCUAGAUUAACUUUAGAAUUGAUCUAAGUAUGUUUUCCUGA